AGCAUUCGGUUUCAUGCAUUGUUCACUCCCUCUGUCUCUCUUUCUUCUACCGCUUGCAAUAUACAGUGAGAAGAGGGACAAAAAAAAGCUUUCAAGGCAAUGGAGGUACCUGCAGCUCCAGCAACUAAUGGGAACGAAAACAAGGGCCUAAAAACCCUAAUUUCGCUCUACUCCAGCUGUCUCUGGAACCGAGUAGUGGGCUUCGUCCCCUUUAAUGAUUCCAAUUUUCUCGGGAAAAUUCCAAUUUAUUUUCGUGGCAGAUCACGGAAACGCCGAGCAUGUCUUCCCCUACCGCUGCCUUCUAAUUCACUGCAAUACUCUCCGGUAACAACAGAGGCAUCUAGAGUUUGUGAUGUUCUACAUGAUAUUUUGGAGCACAUCUUCUCCAAUCUGCAUAAUAUCCAGAAGAACAUGCAAUUUUGGCAAUCUAGGGCUGAGGGAUCAAAUGCUCAAAAAGUUAAAUUUAUGGUGCUUGAAAGAGGGCCACAAGCUUUUAUUGAAGGAACAAUUCAGCUGAUACAUGGAUGCGUUGCUGAAGGUUCUUCUAUAAAGAAUAUAUGCCUCUCUGCAUCUGCUCACAUAUCUGAAAGGAUAGCUAUAUUAACUAACUUAAGAUGUUCCCUUGCCACAUUUUUGGCCGAGGUUUACAUGGAAAUUGACAGGUUCGGCGAGGAGUUACUGAGAGAUCCAGAGAAUUCAUUGCCCUCCUUAUUAAUUAGGAUUAAUGGCUUAUUCUUCAAACUAGAGGCAUCUGUUGGCCAUCUGCAUGCAAUGCGGCAGUGUGAUUCGUCUGUCGAGGGCAGCUACUCAGUCCCGCUACUAUUUGAGAAACUGCCGGAGAUAAAUCAAGAAGGAUCCCAGUGGACAGACUGUGAAAUUAGGGAUGCUAUUAAUCUGGUUUACCAAAAUCUGGAGAAGCUGGAUUCGUACUUGUCUUAUAUUGUUGCAAAACAUCGGAAACCAAGGAAAGUGACUCAAUAUUGGAUCCGUUAUACUUGUGGCGUGGUUGGCCUCUCAGUUUGUUCUAUGUGGCUUAUAGGACAUAGUCGUCUGAUGGGAAGCCCUGACAUUGAUAAUUGGCUUCGUGAAGCGAGGGAUUCAACCAUCGGCUUCUUUAGCGAUCAUGUAGAGCAACCGCUUCUGUCUAUUAGAGAUGAACUUUUUGAGACAUUUAGGAAAAGGCACAGAGGAAUGAUGGAUCUUGAAGAAGUGCAACUAACUUCUAACUCUCUACACAGAAUGUUGUUGGCUUUCAGUGAGCAGACAAAAGGUCAAAAGUUCCCAGAGAAUGCACCAGAUCAGGAAAUGCUCGAAAUAGUUAUGGCCAGGUAUGAAAAGGAACUUACACAUCCUAUUACAAACCUUCUUAAUGGAGAGCUGGCUCGUGCUAUGCUGAUUCAGGUUCAGAAGCUAAAGCUGGAUAUUGAAACGGCGAUGCUUGAACUCAACCAGAUUUUGAGGGCAAAUGAGAUCAAUUUUGCUAUUCUAGCUGCGUUACCGGCAUUCUUCCUCUCCCUCGUUCUGAUAAUGGUAGUGCGUGCAUGGUUCAAACAGGAUACUAGAGCAGAAGGAAGGGGAAGAAUUGCUCGGCUUCAGAGGAGGUUACUUGUUGUGGAGGUUGAGAAAAAGAUUAUGCAGUAUCGUACUUUUGUUGAUCAAGGGAUGUGUCCAUGUCUAAUGCAGGAGGUGGGGAUGGUGGUGAGGUGGAUGAAUGUCCUCAGCAGGAGGUGGUGUUGAUGCUGAUGGCACGACCUUACUACCAUGACGUGACAAUGUUAUGAGUUUCAAUAGAUGUGGAGGCAACUUUGUGGUGAUGCAGAUGUGGAACUAGGUGGUGUGGUUACAUAAUGCAACCUCACUCUUGGGAAACAUGUAUUCUGGAUGGAGUGUGACACCAUAGCUCCUUACCUGUUGUCUUUUUGGAAAUCUUAUCCCUACCAAGUUGUUUAGGAUGGCGUCCCACUCUCCAUGGCCUGUGAUUGAUGUAGGACAUGGGUGAAUCAAACUAAUUCUAGGAAAGAAAUUCUAAACAAUCUAACCUUAGAGUGAGAAGGAAAUCAAACUAAUUCUAGGAAAGAAAUCCAAAACCAAAUAGAAAAGGUAAUCUAAUCUAAGUCUAAUAAAAUAAGUAAACCAAAUCCUAGUCAAACAAGAAAUCUAUAGAAAACUUAGAAAACAAAUUAAAAACGCAGAAAUCAUCCAUUGCUCCAAAAUUGCAGGAUUGGAAGACCCAAUUAAAUAAUUUCCUCUUCCAUUCAACCUCCACCAGCUUAUUUUCUUUUACAUAUUAUUUUCUAUAUUUUCUAUUUCAAGUGAAAAUAUUUUUGUUUUGAUCAUUUUUGUUUAAUCUUAGUGGGUGCUAUGAUUCUUGUUUCGUGAUUAAUUCUGAUCCUAAGCUUGACUUUUGUUUUUAUUUUUCCUUGUUAGACAUUUUUUGCCUGUGGUUUGUUUCUAAAUCAGGGUCGUUUUUUGAUCUGUAUUUUUCAUUGGUAAUAAUUAUUUAUUUUUUGCAAAUAACUUGAAUUUUAACUUUAUCUUUUUCCUAAUAUUAUUAAUUGUGGUGAGGUGGAGCGGAUUGAGCUUUAAAAUUUUAGACACAUUUUGGGGUUAGAGUAUGAAAUGUUCCAACAGGAAGGGUAGGCCCCAAGAUUGGUUGGGUGUUGGAGAAGGAUAAAUGAGCUGUUGCUAUAUUUGGCCACAUGAUUAUUUAUUCGUUCACAUGUCUCGUAUAUAUUCUUUCUGAUAUCAACUUAUUCCAGAAUCAUUAUUGUUCCCCAAUGAUCCUUAACUUUGUAUUAUUUUAUGCUCUUUACUUUUCUUGAGAUUCUCGAGAAACAAAACUGUGUUAAAUUUUUUUAUUUGUUGGAGAAAAAGAGGAAAAUAAAGAAUGUGUCAUCGACCCCAACUUAGUCUUGAUACGUUUUUCACUUUACAGGAGAAAGAUGCGCAGUGUGUGUAUGGAUUGCUGUUGUAUAGUCUGGAUCGCCUAUACCAUGCUGUUGAGAGACAUGCAAAAGCAACCGGUGAAUGGCAGUG